CCUUGUUUUUGCUGUCCUGGAAGCCAGAGGAAACGGGGUUUGGCUGGUAGCUAGCCGACGACGCAUGUCUUCGUACGGUUUGCUUGCUUCUCAUUCACUGGCUAUGUCAUGUUCUGAAUCUGCCGUAGCUCGUUUUGGGUGCGUCGCUCAGUUUCCACUAUGGGUAGCGGUAAUUGCUGGCUGAUCAGUCCUUUCUGGCAAGCGAUAUUCCUAUAAUAGUUUACUAAUGCAUUGCCUAAUUGUGCCUAGAUUUUACGGUUUUAUUAUUUUGCAGUAACAAUUGGAUUUGUGUCAGGUACAGGCAUACGAUUGAGUCCGUUAUCUAGCGAUAAGUAGCUUGCUAUCCUAGCAAUCUAGUACCCCUUUUAGCUGGACACCAUGACUGCCGAAGAGAUCAUAAAUGUGAAGGAGGUGGAGAUCAUCAAAGUGAUCUUAGACUUCCUAAACUCCAGAAAACUCCACAUCAGUAUGCUAGCCCUUGAAAAAGAGAGUGGCGUCAUCAAUGGCCUGUACUCUGACGACAUGCUCUUUUUACGACAACUCAUUAUAGAUGGGCAGUGGGACGAGGUCCUGCAGUUCAUUCAGCCCCUGGAGUGCAUGGACAAAUUUGAAAAGAAAAGGUUCCGCUACAUCGUGCUGAAGCAGAAGUUUCUGGAAGCUCUGUGUGUCAACAACGCCAUGUCUGCAGAGGAUGAACCCCAGCAUCUGGAGUACACCAUGCAGGAGGCAGUGAAGUGCCUGCAUGCGCUGGAGGAGUUCUGCCCAUCCAAGGAUGACUACAGCAAGCUGUGCCUGCUCCUGACGCUGCCCCGUCUCACCCACCACGCCGAGUUCAAAGACUGGAACCCCAGCACGGCGCGCGUGCACUGCUUCGAGGAGGCCUGCGUCAUGGUGGCCGAGUUCAUCCCGGCGGACCGUAAGCUGAGCGAGGCGGGCUUCAAGGCUAGCGGCAACCGCCUCUUUCAGCUGCUGAUCAAGGGCGUGCUGUACGAGUGCUGCGUGGAGUUCUGCCAGAGCAAGGCCACUGACGAGGCGAUCACUGAGGGCGAGGUGCUCCUGGGCAUCGACAUGCUUUGUGGCAAUGGCUGCGACGACCUGGACCUGAGCCUGCUCAGCUGGAUGCAGAACCUGUCGUCCAGCGUCUUCUCGUGCGCCUUCGAGCAGAAGAUGCUGCAGAUCCACACCGACCGGCUGGUGAAGCCGGCCAAGGCUACCUAUGCCGACCUGCUCACGCCGCUCAUCAGCAAGCUCUCGCCGUAUCCGGCGUCACCGCUGAGGCGACCGCAGUCCGCCGAUACGUACAUGUCACGCUCGCUCAACCCGGCGCUCGAUGGGCUGUCACACGGGCUGGCCGGGCAGGACAAGCGGAACGGGGGGUCGGGGGGCGGAGGUGGCGGAGGAGGAGGAGGAGGAGGUGGGAGGGGGACGGUCUCGCCCAUGUCACAAUCCUUUGCCAACUUCCAGUACCCGGGCGGGCAGGGGCUGAGCCGCAGCCUUAUGAUGGAGAGCUCAGAGUGCCACAGCAUCUUCGAGGAGUCUCCCGAGAGAGGCUCCAGGACUGACACGCCCUCAGACAAAAUGAUGAAUUCGGCGGGACCCCAGAAACAGCGGCCAGUCUCCGCCCCAGGAGAGGACGCCCCGUCGCCGGAUAAGAACGAGCUGCGUAACUCCACGGAGCAGUUUGAGGAGUACUACCGCCAGCGUCUGCGUGUGCAGCAGCACCUGGAGCAGAAGCAGCAGCAGAGGCAGCUCUACCAGCAGAUGCUCCUGGAGGGAGGAGUGCAGCAGCAGGAGAGCCCCCCCGCCGACAAGCACAACCUCACCGAGGCCUUCCUCACCAGGUCCAUCCAGAAGCUGGAGGAACUGAACGUGGGGAUGGACGAUCUGGGGGAGGAUGUGCAGGCCCUGACCCAGCAGUGCAACGGCCAGGCGGAGAACGGCAGCACCAGCGCCCCCUCCGACACCUCCCUCUCGCAGGGGGACGUGGUGGUGUGCAGCACCCCACAGCAGUCAGGCACGGGGACGGGGACGGGGCGCGGGGCUCCCCCCAUUAGCGAGUCCCCAGUCCACUCCCCAAGUGUCCAGACGGAUACGUCAAAACCAGGCUCUGGACUGGAGGACUCCAUAACCAUGAACCCCUCCAGGGGCUCAGAGGAGGAGAAGUCCAAAGCCACGUUCGUGGCCGUGAAUACCUUGGAAGACACGCAGGCAGUGCGCGCUGUCGCCUUCCACCCCACGGGGGCGCUCUACGCCGUUGGCUCCAAUUCCAAAACACUGCGAGUGUGUGCCUACCCAGAUGUACUGGACACCAGUGGGUCCGGAGGCUCCAAACCGCCGGUGGUUCGCUUCAAGAGGAACAAACACCACAAAGGCUCCAUCUACUGCGUGGCCUGGAGCCACUGUGGGCAGCUGUUGGCCACCGGCUCCAAUGACAAAUACGUCAAAGUGCUGCCCUUCAACGCAGAGACCUGCAAUGCCACAGGCCCUGAUCUUGAGUUCAGCAUGCAUGACGGUACCAUCAGAGACCUGGCCUUCAUGGAAGGGCCGGAGAGUGGGGGGGCCAUCCUCAUCAGUGCGGGGGCUGGAGACUGCAACAUCUACACUACCGACUGCCAGAGAGGACAGGGCCUGCACGCGCUCAGUGGACACACAGGGCACAUCCUGUCUCUGUACACCUGGGGUGGCUGGAUGAUUGCGUCGGGCUCCCAGGACAAGACCGUGAGGUUCUGGGACCUGAGGACGCCCAGCUGUGUGAGGGUGGUGGGAACAGGCUUCCACGGCUCAGGUAGCCCUGUAGCUUCUGUUGCUGUGGACCCCAGCGGGCGUCUCCUGGCGACGGGGCAGGAGGACAGCGCGUGUAUGCUGUACGACAUCCGCGGGGGGCGGAUGGUGCAGACGUACCAACCCCACAGCAGCGACGUGCGCUCCGUCCGCUUCUCCCCUGGAGCACACUACCUGCUCACCGGCUCCUACGACACCAAGGUCAUGGUCACCGACCUGCAAGGAGACCUAACCAAGCCGCUGCCCCUGACUCUGGCGGGAGAACACAAGGACAAGGUGAUCCAGUGCAGGUGGCACUCACACGACAUGUCCUUCAUCUCGUCCUCUGCCGACCGGACAGUCACCCUGUGGUCACAGAGCGCCUAGGAGGAAAUUAGAGGAGCCGCCACAAGCACAGCACAGAGCAGUACGCCUCCUCACCACCGGGAGGAGACAGUGCUCUGAGAUGUAAACACACAACUCUACCGCAGCCUCCCUCUUUCUCCGGACAGAGAGUGACAUCAAGAGUAGUCAUAGCGAAUGAGUUAGUGUGUUCAAUAUGCCACAGUAUGUGAAUUUCUGUUUGUGUGUGGGUGUGUGUGUGCCUGGACUGCGGCGGUAUGUGUGUGUUCAUGUGUGAGACAGAGAAUACGUGUGUACAGUAUUGUAGUUCCUGCACCUUUUUGUGUUAAUUUAUAUUAGUCCAUGCACUCAUGAAAUGCUUCUAAAAAUGAUAUCCGUUCUCUUGACCUGAAACUCUACGAGGUGUGGCUAUUAAAUAAUAAGACUAGUGCUGUAAUUCAGUCGUAAUAAAGAAAACUUGUUAUACUCGUUAAACUUGUAUACUUAUAUAAUUAUAGCUUUGUCAUAUAAUAGCCACACCUUGUAAAUUGCAAGACUCGAGAUAAUGUUUCCUGUCCAUGUGCAUAUACUAAAAAGGGAUAGAGCUGUUCUGUGAAAAAUUUAAAAUCAUUCCUUCUCUCUCUCUGCUAGUGUCUCAGAAGAAUGACAUGAUCCACCACAUUCCCCAUGUGCACCUGUGUUUAAAAAACAAUACGAAUGAAACAAGAAUAGAGGCUUUAGCUCAAAUGUUGCUCAGUUGGUGCCUUGUGAAAUGGGCUCCAGUUUUAUCCGUUUAAAAAAACAGCUUUACUAAUUAUAGAAAAACAGAGUAUGCUACCCUUCUGUGAGGGAUCUGUGUGUGUGUGUGUGUGUGUGUGUGUGUGUGUGUGUGUGUG